ACAGCGAAUUAGGCUUUUCUUGAUUAUUAGUGCAUGUGACUAUUAAAAAAAUCUCUGCAAAAAUGAAGUGCAGUGUUUACAUGCUGAUGGUUACAGAGUGUAUCUUCGUUUUGCUCCUCUGUUCAUCAUUAAUACAUAGUUGUGGCCUGACAACGCACACAGAGAUAGCUCAUAGAGCCUUAGAAUAUUUCAAUGGCAAGACUAAAAGAGGGGAUUACAAAACGAUGAUGGUCAAACAUCAAGAUGCUUUUCAAGCAGGCAAUCCCUAUCCAGACACUUUUUUUGACAGUUUAUGUUUCAAAGGAAGGUACCAUGACAUAUCAGAAGACACUCACUGGGCCCCAUUCUUGAAUGUGACCAUCAACUACAUCAGGCAAAAAUAUCCAUAUCCAUGGGACCAGGAUACAGAGAAGCUAAUUGUGUUCAUGUUGGGCUUUGUGAGCCAUCAGAUAGCAGACAUCACAUGGCACAGUCUGGGAAUAGACCAAGGAUUCCUAGAAACAAUGGGGAAGAUUGAUUUCCAUGGCUCAUAUGGUGAUGCUCAUAAUGUGGGAGAUUUUGGCGGGGACAUAUUAAACCUAUUUGAAAUCAAGCUACAGUAUAUUCACUCUUUAGAGAAUUGGUAUGUACCUACUUUCGAUCUCCAAAAUAUUUAUAAGAUAUAUUAUGGAGAUGGCAGAAUGACUGCUGACACCAUACUGGAAUGUUCUGUGUUGAUGUUUCUUGCCAGAGCUGGAGAAAAGUUGGCAGUUUCUAAAUUGUUCCCCACUUAUGCAGAAAAAAGUCCAUUCAUGUUAAGCAUGUUGAAUGACUUCUUCCUAGGAGGGAUAGAUGACAUGGCAGCGUGGACUGACAACUUGUGGCAUACGACGUUGUACAUGUUGGAGAAUGGAACUGAAUCUUGUCAAAUUCCAAAAAAUCCUCUUUAUAUAAAUUGUGGCAAUACUUCAAAGUCAUUUUUGGAUAAAAGGAAAGUGAAAAAUGGUUUCUUUUCUAAACCUUUGAUGCAUGGUUUAUCCCCAAAAGAUGUGCUAGUGAGGAAAUCCAAACGUGGUGCUUAUCUGACAUUAGGAAUGGAACUUAAGAAACGACUUAGACUAGCCACAAGAAAGAUUUCAGAUUCAACAAUAAGAGCACAGCCCAAACAGGUCCAGCCCAAAGCUGUAUACAGAGUCAAUAGCACAUAUGCUAGAUUAGGAUGGUCACUUUUAAAUGGAGAUGUUAAUCAUGAUGGUUAUGAAGACUUAAUCAUGGGAUCCCCAGGUUAUAGUGUGGAAGGAAACUAUCAGGCUGGCAGGGUGUACAUUGUAUUAGGUGGUCCAAAUGGUCUUCCCAAGAAAGAUCUAGAUCUUAAUAAGGAAGCCAACAUCACCAUUGAGUGUCCAGCUUUAUGUGGCAGGCAUUCACGGUUUGGCAGUGCUCUUGCUGUAGUGGAUUUGAAUGCUGAUGGGAUUAAUGACUUAGCUGUCAGUGCACCUUCAGACCUUACUGAUUCUCUUAAAUAUUCUGGUUCAGUCCAUGUUUAUUAUGGACCACUUAAAGUUGGCAUAGUACUUCAGGAUCCAAGUGCGAACUACUCUUGCCAGGAGACCUACUGCAACUUUGGAUGGACAUUAUCUGGGGGUGAUGUGAACAGUGAUGGGUUUGCUGAUCUUGUUAUUGGCUCUCCUUUUGCUCCUGGGGGUGGAGAACAAAGAGGCAAAGUGACUGUCAUUUUGGCAAAGAAGGGAAAAAUUGAUAGUGGGAAGUUUGAUUGGGUACAGAAUGGUGAACAGGAUUACAGUUGGUUUGGAUACAGUGUUGCAGUGAAGAAAACUAGUCUAGCAGGCAACUGGUUGAUGAUUGGAGCUCCCACAUUCAGGAAGUGUGCCCUAGCUAACUGCAGUUUUAAUGCCAAGGACAAACAAAGUGUGGGGAAGUUGUACAUAUAUGUGUUGCCUACAUACAAGCUGACAUACUCGUUUAUUGGCAGUGAAGAGCAUGCCAAGUUGGGCAGUAGUUUUAGUGUGGGAGCACCCUUUGAAAAGUAUACUGAUAUGUUAGCAAUAGGCAUUCCAGAUAUUGAUGUCCAAGGUUCAGUCGUGGGGUAUUCAGUACCAUUUCACCAGGCAGGAGGGGUUUUGGUGUAUAAUGUUUCAAACCUUCUUAGAGACUACAAGAGACUAGUAACAUCUUUCUCUGGUGAUAGAAGAUUUGACAGAUUUGGAGUCACUGUGAAGUUUGCAGAUUUAAAUGGUGAUGGUCUCGAUGACUUUUUGUUGUCUGCACCACUGCGAACAGACGACAUAACAGAAGAGCUGGAAGGAGCUGAACAAGGCACAGUGUAUGUGUAUUUAGACAACUUUCCUAUUGGAAAUACUACAAUGAAUGAUUGUAAAGACAGCAGAGUGAUACCAUGCCCUGGUGAAAAGGCAUAUGGUCAGUUAAUAUUUGGUGAAGACCAGGCUAGAUUUGGGAAGGACCUUGCAGUGGUGGCAGUUACGGCACAAAAGAGAGAGAUAGCUGUGUCAGCUAUUCACAGUUCUAGCACAGCUAGGCUAGGAGGAGCUGUUGCCAUUUACACUCUUCAGUAAAGGAGAACUGUUCCGUUUUAAUACAUUAAAGCGCACCCAAACCCAACUAUGCAAAAAAAGGUUCACAUUCCCUUACAGAUCUAAUGGUUUUGUGCAAUAUUGGACCAUGAUAUUUCAAAUGUGAUAUUUGACAGGUCAUUAUUAAGUUAUAAUUAGCUCUAACAUAUGUAUUGCUCUAUUAUUCAGGUAAACUGAACAUACAAACCUGAAUUAAAACAGAUUUUCAGGUUGUGUAUUGUGAAUACAGAGGUGUUGGCAUCAUGGCUCCUGAAGCCAGUUGUUGCAUUAAGUUGACAUCCAAAUACUGAUCAUGGUACCCAUUCCAGUUAUUGUCUGUGAUUGUUUUGGCAAUUUCUCAGUGGAAACUUAGCUUUAGCUUAUAUUUUUAUAGCAUUUUAUAAAUGAAAUUUUGGCCAGUUUUGUUGAAUCAGUAUCAAAAUAUUUCAAGAAGAGAUUAUCAUUUAGGGCACAUGCCUAUUCAAUUUUGAUUAUUAUUAAUUCCCAUUUUUGUUUCUGACAAAUUCAUGUCAAUCAUCUGUUUAGACAUCUUUUAUCUCUGGACAUCCACUUGUAGUUGUGUAAUUACUGAAGAUCUGGUUCGAUUUGGGGCACAAAUCAGAAUACUUUCAUAUACUUUAAUUUUCAAUUUUUUAUUCUUCCCGCAAUCUAAAAGCAUUAAAAUUUGUGGCACAAACAAGGUUAUUUUUCACUGAAUUGUGCAUUGUUUUAUUUUUGUACAGCAUAUGAAAAUACAAAAUGCACAUGGUAAUUAGGAAACACUUGGUUUAAUCAUCAGUUUUCACAUUGACAUGAUGAUGAUGUCUACAGCUAUAUACAUCAGACUUGAGCACAGGUAGAUAUAUAUGUUAUAUAUUAUAUAUAGAUAUAUAGAUUCUGCUGUACACCAACAUUAAGUGUAUAAAUGCAUGUACCUUUAUUGGUAUAUUCAUACUUAGCAAAGAGUCAAUGCACUGAAUGGUGUUUAUGUUAACCUGCCACCAAAACACCAUGAAAUAAUUACCACUACCACCUACGUGUGGCUGUCUCCUUACCAAAAAAAUAUGCAAAAUAUUGUGAAGGAUACAAAUGUUACUAAUUUCACAGAUAUACAUAUAAUAAUCUAUGUUAUGGAACAAUCUUUCAAUGUACAAAUGAAUGUACAGAAGUAUAUGGCCACACCUAUAAACAGUAUAUACAUGAAUGUGGUGACCAUUUUGAUUUAUAU